UAUUGUAUUGUUUGAAAAGUGGAUUUCUAGGGACUCCUUGAAAAGGUCCACAAAUCGGUGUCUUGUAGGAUUGUAAAUUUGACAUGUGUUUAUACAAGAUUAUAAAUGUACUUUUAUAAGGACUAUAUAAAUUAAUAUAUAAGAGGUUUACAUAGAUAUGUUUUAUUUAUUCUACAGGUUGAGGUUAGCACAGUGAUUGGAUUGGCUGAGGAAUACAAACAUUUGGUGGGGGCAACACAUAGUGACGAUGCUGACUUUCACAGUGUUGUGAAACUAGUUCAACAAGGAUACAAAAUGAGGAGAAGCGAUUGGGAGAAAGGUUUUGUGGAUAUGUUUGUUGCAACAGAAGAUAUAGGUCAACAACGCAAGACAAAAGACGAAGAUGCAGAGCAUGGUGAAGAUCUGAACCAUAAUGAAGAUGAAGAGGAAAAGAAAGAUGAAGAGGAAAAGACAGAUGAAGAGGAAAAUAAAGAUGAAGAGUAUCAAAAGGAUAAGGAGCAAAGAAAAGAUAAAAAUUAUUCCAUGUCUAACAGCGAGAAACUUGAUAAGCUAAUCCAAAUGGUUCGUGAUUUGGAUAAGCGAGUAGUAAUGAUCCAGAAUGUUUUAGGAGUUAAGGUAACCAAUUCAAUUUUACCAAUUACUUAUCAAAUUUCGCGUGUUAUUCCUCUCUAAUGAUUUCACUUGUCUUUUUGAAGUUUAACGACAGUUCACCAAACAAAGAAAAUUGUGAAAAUGGAGCUAGUUCUGGUGAUAGAAGAAGUGCACAAGAUUAUGAAAAUGAAGAAGAUAUAAUUAAUGAAGAAGCAAACUCUGAUGAUAAAAAAAAUGCACCAUGAUGAAAAUGAAGAAGAUACAAUUGCUGAAGCAGCAAAUUCUGAAGAUACAAUUGCUGAAGAAGCAAACUCUGGCGAUGGAAGAAGUGCACUGGAUGAUGAAAAUGAAAAAGAGAUAUGUGAUGAAGAAGCAAAAUCUGGUACAGAGCAUCAAAGGGAAGAAGAGAAUAUUCUUGGGGAAAUUGAGACUACACAAAAAAAUCACUCAAGACGAAGACACAGAAAAACUUGAAUCAGAAAGUUGCUUGAAACAAACGUCGCAGGUUACGUCGCCUACUCCAACAUUCAAUACUCCAAACUUUGAUACAAGGGUUUCAUCGCCUAAUCCAACAUUUACGUCUCCUAAGUUUGAUCUCCUUUCCCAAGAAAGUCAUAGUGGAAAGGGUACAAAUGAGGUUCUUAUGAGAGAUGUUUAUGAGAUUCCUGUUUUCCAACCUCUAAUGAAAAUAAAAAAGAGAUUGGUACAACAACACAGCCAGGUAAACGAAGAUGUUGAGCCUCCACUUCAAAAGAAGUUUAAAGCUGAUACAGAUAAUGUUCCGCUAAGAAGAAGUGAAAGAGGUCAAAUACCAUCCAUUCAUACACAACCACCGUUUACAGGAGCAAGGAAGAAACAUCCGAUUCUUCAUCCCUUUGAGCCAGUUGAUAAAACAAGAAAAGAAAAAAUGAGAGAAUGGAAAAUGUCAAACAAAAGAAAGAAGCUGAGAAUCAAUCAAGAGAUAGUAAACGCAAAGUGGUUUUCGGAUAUUGAAACUCCGGGAAAAAAACUUUCAAAAACGCAUAUUGAAGCAGGUUUUGAGUUGCUGAAACUGAGACAGAUAAACAAUCCAGAUUUGUUUCUGAACAAAACUGCCUUAGUUGUUGGAGUGAAGUUUCUUGAAGAAAUAGAUGAGUUUUAUGAUGAGUUUUUAGAUGACAAGAAAGGUUUCCAAUUUGGAGCAGGCUUUGACAAGUACAACAUAGAGAAGAAUAUCAACUUCCUCUAUUCGGCCAUUGCAGUAGCAGAGAAGUAUUGGCUUGGAGUUGUAAUCAACUUGGAGAAGAGAAAUAUCACAGCAUUCAAUUGUGCAGCAAUGAAGUUCACAGAUGCGAGUUUGGUCCCUUACGUUAAUGCAUAUGCGAUGGCUCUCCCAUUCAUGAUUCGCUACUUCUUCAAAGAUGUCAGCAUGGAUACAAGCAAGUUCUCGAUAAAAAUUGUAUCUGAAGGUUUCCCACAGGUUCUUAAAAUAGAAGACAGUGGAGUUUAUGCAUUGAAGCUGAUAGAGUGCCAUGCAAUGCGUAUAGUGGAUUUGACAAAGCUGAGUGAAGAAAAAAUUGCAAUCAUCCGAGAAAAGUUGGCGGUUGAUAUCUUCUCGGAAUUACAAUGAAUACUAAUGUGGGAAUGAACAAAAACUUUAUAGCUUGCUUAUAGUUAUGUGUGAACAACUAUCUGUUUUAUGCGUGUUUGGUAAACUUUGUUUGUAGAAUUCUGAGUAUUAUGAGUUUAUGACUUGGAUU